UCCUCCUCACUCCCCCUCCAGCAUCUCUCUCCUCACAUCCUCUUGCACGCCUCGUCUGCUCAAUUCGCACCAAACUCCACAUUUUUUCUUUUCUUUUUUCCUUUUUUUCUUUUUUUUGCAUCGCGCUCCGCCUUUUGGACACAGGAUUGGAUUUAGUGCAGAGCUGGCGGCUCCUCGGAGACCAAACUAAAGGAUGGUGAAGGCGGCGUUGAGAGGAAUUGAUGCCAAAUACUGAACGGAGCGAUCUGCGUGGCGGAGAAGAAGUUUGACUGCGCAUCGUCUUGUGUGGAAUGGGCGAUGGGAUGUGCAGCUUUGCGAUGACACGUCUGUGGUUCUGUGUCUUGCUUGUGAGCAUCACCUGCCGUCUGAGCCUCUCCCAGGAUGUGACUGGAACUCCCAAAGAGGCAGAAUUAAACGACAACAUCACCAUCUUCACACGCAUCCUGGACGGACUGCUGGAUGGAUACGACAACAGACUCCGCCCCGGACUGGGAGAGAAGGUGACUGAGAUCAAAACCAACAUCUUUGUCACAAGCUUUGGUCCCGUCUCUGACACUGAAAUGGAAUACACUAUCGACGUAUUCUUUCGUCAGAGCUGGAAAGACGAGCGACUUUGCUUCAAAGGCCCCAUGGAGAUGCUUCCCCUGAACAACCUCCUGGCCAGUAACAUCUGGACCCCCGACACCUUCUUCCUCAACGGGAAAAAGUCCAUCGCACACAACAUGACGACACCGAACAAGCUGCUGCGGCUGAAAGACGACGGGACUCUUCUCUACACCAUGAGGCUCACUAUCUCAGCAGAAUGUCCCAUGCAGCUGGAGGAUUUUCCGAUGGACGCUCACGCUUGUCCCCUUAAAUUUGGAAGCUAUGCGUAUCCGGUCUCGGAGGUUGUCUACACGUGGACUCAGGGAGCUUCCAAGUCGGUGGUGGUGGCAGAAGAAGGCUCCCGGCUCAACCAGUAUCACCUGAUUGGUCAGACAGCAGGAACAGAGGACAUCUACACCAGUCGAGGUCAAUACACUGUGAUGAUGGCUCACUUCUACCUGAAGAGGAAGAUCGGCUACUUUGUCAUCCAGACCUACAUGCCUUGCUUCAUGACUGUGAUCCUGUCGCAGGUUUCCUUCUGGUUGAACAGGGAGUCUGUGCCAGCUCGGACCGUGUUUGGUGUGACCACCGUGCUAACCAUGACCACUCUCAGCAUCAGUGCUCGAAAUUCGCUGCCCAAAGUGGCCUACGCUACGGCCAUGGACUGGUUCAUCGCAGUAUGCUACGCUUUUGUCUUCUCCGCCCUCAUUGAAUUCGCCACGGUUAAUUAUUUCACCAAAAGGAGUUGGGCCUGGGAUGGAAAAAAGGCGAUGGAGGCCCAACAGCCCAAGAAAAAAGACCCAUUAGCCCUGUCUAAGAAGCCAAACAACACCUGCUCAGCCGGUGUGAAUUACACAACCAACCUUACGAAGGACGCGUCCAUCUCGACCAUUUCAAACAGCACGGCUGUUCAGCUCAAACCAUCUGAAACCAAGGCCCCAGAUCCCAAAAAGACUUACAACAGCGUGAGCAAGAUUGACAAGAUGUCCAGAAUAGUGUUCCCAGUGCUGUUUGGGACCUUCAACCUGGUGUACUGGGCCACGUAUCUCAAUAGGGAACCAGUGAUUAAAGGAGCUGAUUAGGCUCUGCGAUGAGGGUUGUUCAUGCUCCUGACAACCGCUUCAGGAUUUGAUAACUGGAACGCAAUCAAAAACAAUGCCAAGCACUUAGUCCUUGUAUCAUAGAUGUGUUUUUUUAGGUAACCAGAUAACAUUGCAUGUGUGUCGCUUCAGGAAACUUUUGCCAUGUUUGCCUUGAGUUUGUACAUGUAUGAUCAACAACCCAAAAAGUUUCAUUUAUUAGUUUAUCUGAUUAGUUUCUGCCAAAUUUUGAUCUUUUAAAAUGUUAGCAUUUGGGAUUCAUAUUUUCUCCUUGAGUCUACAGUGGAUGAUGGUACAGCACAACUCUGUCUCCCCAAAUUUAUGCUCCUAUACGACUAGAGUGCAUUUUCAUUUGUGUUUUUAAAAAAAGAGAUGUAGAUUUGAAGCAAACGAAAAGUAAGACAGACAUAAAAAGAAAUUCUUCCAGCUCAAAAAGAGCCACAACAUCCUUCUAAGGAGGUCAGUCACAGGACUUUCACCCAGGAAAGCAGAAUUUGCAUCCCAUAAAUGACCAUUAUUCUUAUAGUUACAUUGAACAUGAAACAUAUGCGGACUGUUUUAGGUGGAUAUACCACAGAAUGUAUCUUGUUGGUGGCCACAACUGCGGUGCAUGCACUUCAAAGGGCUGUGCAAAACAAAACAGUAAGCUUUAGUUUUGGGUUGGUCUGGGUAUAUCAGUUAUGAUAUUUAGAUUUUUAGUGAGUCUGUGUAAAAUGAGUAAGUUAAUGUCUACAGAUCACUGUAGUAUUUGUAGGGAAGAAAGUUAUAAAGCAAUCAUUAGCUGGCACUGGAAAAAUAAGUGUUGAUAGGGUGAUGGAGACCCCAAAGUAGAAGCUUUGUUUGAUACAAAGCAGGUAUUUCCUGUGUACCAGUAGUUUAUUUUUCAAAAAAUAUAUACAUUUUAUGACUUUUUAUUUUGGCAAAAGGGCUGCGCACACCUUGUAUAAAAAUGUAAAUAGAAGACUAGUCUAUUUUUACGUUUGCAGCACAGAUCUUCACAGUGCAUUGCUCGCUGCUCAGACAUCUGGUGGAGCCACUUUCAUUGAUUAGAAUGGAGGUUUAGUGUUGCAUCCAGUCUGCAUACGUUAUACAUUCAAUGUAACCAAAGUGUCAAGUUUUGUUUUCAUUUACUGUUUACUUUUUAUUUUCACUCCAUGUUUGAUUAGGUUUAGGCAUCAAAACUACAUGCUAGGUGAAGGAAAAUGGUUUCUUCCAGUUACUGGGUUACCAAGGUUUCAAAUCCUGCCUUAUCGAGUAGGUGGUUGAUCAAUAAAUGGUGAAAGCAUGUUUAUAAUGUGUGAAGUAUCAUAACCACCUGGGGGAUAUUCAAAAGAUAACUGAGAAUACCGUUUUGCUGUAUAGGAACUACAUUUGUGGGCGACAGGGCUGUGCAACCAGGCCAAAUGCUAUGCAAAACAACUUUUUUUUUUUACUGUGUUAUUACUCCAAACUGGCUUUUACCUUUCUAACUCUUACUUUGUCCAAAUGGGCUGGAGGUCCAGGACGCUGGGCCCUGGCACAUGGAACUUUGCUUCCUUGUUAAAAGCAGAUGAAUAGCCAUGCUUAAAUGUGUUGCCUUCAGAGUGUGAGAACUCAUCAUGAAUGCACUGAAAUCUCCUGCAGUUACUUUCUCCAGAAGCCAGGUUUACAACUUUGAUUUAAUAUUUGACUCUUUUUGUUCUUUUUUUUUUUUUUUUUGUUACUUUUCAUGAGGUAUUGAGUUUCUGUUUGUGUAGAGAUCAAACAGGGACAGAUUUCAAGCUAAAGUGAUAGUGGCAGCUUCUGUUUCCAAGCCACCAUGUUGAGAAUCCUGUCUGUAUGUAUGUAAGUAUGGUAGUAGUUUAAGGAACUUGUAAAUACGCCCUGCUUUUAGAACAGCACGACUAAGCCAGUAAGGUUAGCUUCUAUGUAACGCAUAUGCAGUAACAGUGUUACUCUAGUCUAGCGCUUCAUUGACUGGAUAUUGAGAAAUGAACCGAGUAGCUUGAGCUUUAGCAGAUUUUACAGAAUAUACAGUGCUUUUUAAAAACAUCUUGUUUUGCUGUUUUUUUUAGAUAGGUUUGCUGUUUCUAUAAGCUUUGAUGAUAACUUGCAGAUAUUCUUGAUAUAUAUUUGGAUGCUUUGAGCAAAUAUAGCACAUUUUUUGUCAUGUAGAUUAGAGACUGAUUUGAGCUUCGGUUAUCGAAGACAGAAAGUCACAAGGUUACAGCAUCAUUUUCAUUUUUAAAUCAUGUAUUUAUUAUUUUUAGAGAUCCAUGCAUACAUCUGAAUUUACAUUGCAAAGCAUAGUGAUAAUUUAAAGAAAUAGCUAAAUUAUGGGUACUUUUUGGGAAAUAUGGUUAAAAAAGAUUGAUGCCGUUCUGCCUUUACAGUAAAUGUAAAGCCAGAUGACUUAGCUUAGCAUAAAAACUACACACAGAGGAGGGCAGUUUAUCUAGAUGUGUUACCUCUGAGUUACUGCAGCUUAAUUGGAUGAAGGUAAAGUAGAAUUUAGCAUGGAUGGGAAUUGCAGUCAGCAUUACGUACUUGCCUGAAGAGACUGUCAUAUGCUUUCUAGGUUAACCCUUUCCUUCCGUGUGUUGUACAUUUUUUUUUGUGUAUGUGAAAGGUCUAACUCACAAAGUCCAGAAGGAGUAUUUCUCUCUCAGAGAAAGCCCUUAAACAACGUCAGACAACAUUUCCACACUACAGCAGCGUUUGCUCACUGAUCUGGUUGUACACAACUGGUGUUACUGCACUUUUAUCAGAUCAGAUGAACAGUCAGAGCAGGCUGUCGUUUUUAUAAGGGGGUCUUAAAGAGACAGGAGCCAAAAUGGAGAAGAAAUGCUGCAGAAAUGUACAGCAUGAGACAAAUAAUGUGCUGUAAAGACAUGAAAACAUAUUCUAAGAACAUGUCUAGUGCCAAACAAUUCUAGAUUUUGAACUCCAUGAGACAAGCUACGUUCAAGGUUAGGUGUUUAUUUGUCAGCUUUGACCCUCCUGUUGUCCUCAUUUAUGGUCACCAAAAAAUGUUGUUUCCUUGUCUGACAAAAGUCCAAAAAUUCAGCAAUAAAUUUCCCAAAUUUCUGAAAAUUUGCAAAAACUACAGGAAGAAAAUUCCAAUAAUUCCUUCAAAGUUUCCCUCAAAAGUUUUUUUUUUUUAAAAAUCCCCCAAAAUUCUUGUAAAUAUUUUCAAAAAAUGAGUAAAAAUCUUCCAAAAAAUCCUAAAAAUAUCUAAAGUGAUAUAUAUAUAUAACUUCUAAUAUUUUCUUAAUAUUUUCUUUAAAAAUAUUCACAACAAAAAUCAAUCAAAAUCCAGUGAAUUUUUUGGGAUUUUGGUUUAUUUUUUUUGUAAAUGUUCUUAAGAAACAUUUUUAGCAUUUCUUUUUUCCACCAAAAAAUGAUUUCCCAAAAAUGUUGAAAAUGUGGACAUCAGAAGCUUCACUGUGAAAAUAUUUUUUUCCCCCCACAUCUUCAAACUUCAAAACGGGUCAAUUUUGACCCGCAGGAUGACACGAGGGUUAAAGGUAUGGGCAGUCAGGUUAGCUUUCCCUUGCUAUAAGUCGCUAUGCUAAGCUAAUUGGUUGCUAGCUCUAUCUGAGAAUGGUAUCAAUCUUCUCUUUACAUUUAGGCAAGACAGCAAAGUACUAUUCUUUUAAUGAAAUACCUUCCAACCAGAGCACGUUUAAGGUCAUUGCAUAACUUCAGUCUCCCUCCAUGACGCCCACGACUACAGCUGCAUGCACUACACUCACUUCAGCAGAGUUAUGUUUGCAGUCUGAAUGUGAUCAUGUGACUUUAUGCCUGCGUGGCCUGCCACUAUUUAAUGAGUUGUCUUGUGUUACUACAUUUAAGAUUUGAAUUUUAGAUCAAGGCUGUUCUUUAAAUGCAAAUAUCUGAAGCAAUAAAUAAUGCUCAUAUAAAUAAUGACUUCUGUUUAUGAUAAAAUGUCACCAUUUGACCCACAUUUUGUUGAUUAAGCUAAACCCCUUCCCUCUUUGGAAGCACAGUACUCCCUCUUUACUGUAUUUACUUUUCUGUAAAAGGCCCUUGCAGGUCACCAAUGUAAAGGCCUGUACCACUAUUAAAACUUUUUCUUAACUGUUAUGUACCUGACUCCAAUAAAGCUUCACUGACUUCA